CCUCCUCACUGAAGAAGAAGAAGUGAGGAGGAACCAGUGGACGCGCAGUGCCUUUGCAGCAUCCCCGUCAUAUACAGAGAGAGCUGGUAUCGCUUAGCUGUUGAUAUAGGCAGACAUUUCCUCCCAUCCUGACGGCGGGGAACCCACAACAGGCACAGCCCACCCCUGACUCCCGUUAGGAUCUUCUCGUCCCUGUCGGAGACCUUCUCCACCCCUCACAUCCAGCAGCCAUGGCAGACGACGCCGACAUGCGCAAUGAGCUGUCCGACAUGCAGCAGCGCGCCGACCAGCUGGCCGACGAGUCGCUGGAGAGCACCCGUCGUAUGCUGCAGCUGGUGGAAGAGAGCAAAGAUGCCGGAAUCAGGACUCUGGUUAUGCUGGACGAGCAGGGAGAACAACUGGAGCGCAUCGAGGAGGGAAUGGACCAAAUCAAUAAGGACAUGAAGGAUGCAGAAAAGAAUUUGAACGAUCUAGGGAAAUUCUGUGGUCUUUGCUCCUGUCCAUGUAACAAGAUGAAGAGCGGAGCCAGCAAGGCCUGGGGGAACAACCAGGACGGGGUGGUGGCCAGCCAGCCCGCCCGUGUGGUGGACGAGCGCGAACAGAUGGCCAUCAGUGGAGGAUUCAUCCGCAGGGUAACAGACGAUGCCCGGGAAAACGAGAUGGACGAGAACCUUGAGCAGGUGGGCGGCAUCAUCGGCAACCUGCGCCACAUGGCCCUGGACAUGGGCAACGAGAUCGACACCCAGAACCGCCAGAUCGACAGGAUCAUGGAGAAGGCUGACUCCAACAAGACCAGGAUUGAUGAGGCCAACCAGCGCGCCACAAAGAUGCUUGGCAGUGGCUAAGCUCCCCGAGCCCAGAGCUCCGUCUUCCAGGCAUCCCGCGCCACACAUCAACAGGCGCCCGACAUGCUUUCUUCAUGGUAUUGACCUUCUAGGUUUGCACACAUGCACAUAUCACUACCCCCUCCACAUUGUAAAUGUUGUUCUGUGUCGUCUGUCAAGCUUUUUCAAGAUGAUUGUCCUCGUAAAAAGAUGAUUUCUUAUACUCCGUAUAUCAUUCUUUCCAAAGGUUGUAUAUAGUGCUGACUUGAUGGCUCUCUAGCUCACUUGUGAAGUUUUUAUUCUCUUUAUCAAUAUAUACAUAUAAGAUAUUCAUCUGUAUCUUAUAUAUAUAUAGCGAUAUAUAAAAGUACACUGCUCUGGAUGACAAGUAUAUAAUAGGAAUGCUAAACAAGCUGUUUGUUUUAUCCAAUUUCCUUUUCAGUAUCUCAGUAUUGUCUUUGUAAAACUGUGCCAUUCCAUCAUGGCUACUGUCAUGCUCUUUCUUUUGUUGUUGUCGUGACAGAAGAAGGGAAAGAACGGGUGGAAACAGUGACAAAAAAGCACCGGUAUAGAUUGACAAAGAGGCUGUACAGCAGGAGGGGAUUUGCAAAGAGCGCUGUCGAUUCAUUUUCCUCCACCGCAGUCACUCUGAGUUCCUGUUUAGACAAUGUGCAACUUAGACUCUCUGUAGCUGUAUUAGACAUUGCAUUCCAAGUGAUGUGAAUUGUGCGUUCUCUGCAUGACAAAUGGUAGAUUUUAGUCUUCUAAAUAAAACCUGUCUGAAAAAUAUAUAUAAAAAAUGACAACAUGGCAAAAGCAAAUGGCAACAAAGCGCAUGCUCCGUAUUAGGACUCAGCUCCAUACUCCUGCAAGUUUGCAAUAGUGCCACUCUCUCUGUCUCGAUAUAUUUACCGACUGUGACCAUAUCGUUGUACAAUAAUGCAAAAGGGAUUAAAAAAAAAAUGAGCUCAAGUUGAAGAUAAAAAAAUCCGAGGACUUGGGGUUGUAUUGCAAAAAAAUCACAAAUAAAGAAAAAAUGAAAAAAAAAAGACCUGUUUUCUAAACGAUUAUGCAGCUCAGUGAUGAA